CUGAGUAUUGAGCAAACGCGUCGGAUAUUCUUGAGUGCACGUUAUAUAACGUUUUGUGGCAACACUAGGAUACUUCCUAAACACGAUUCGAAAGGACUUGAAGACGUUCUCAGACAAGCUUUCGGCUCGUCCACUACAAUGGGACAAAUCACGUGCCAGAGGGUCAUGGUGACAGCUGCGAAGGUCAAAGCCGCUCCACCUCAGCUCGUUUUGUUUCGCAAUUAUGCGCCAAGAAUAGCUCCACGUGAAUACGAAAAAUACGGAUAUAUGAAUCCUAGCAGGAUACUAGCAUGGAAGGCUGCCAGAGCGACAUCGGCAGCCCCUGUUUUCUUCGAGUCCUACCAUGGACUGGCAGAUGGAGCGAUAUUCUGUAACAACCCCUGCCUGGCACUAAUUACCGAUUUCUGCAGGCUGCAAAAGCUGGAAAGACACAAGGAAAUUGAGAAUAAUGAUCAGAUUGGGUGCAUAAUUUCCAUUGGAUGCGGUGUAGAGCCGGUCUUGCAACUUGGCAGCAUUGACGUAAAUUUGAGCAGUCCAUUUGCUAUCGGCAAAGAUUUCAUGAAUUUAUUUGGUAGAGGCAAAAACCUAAUCACGCUUUUCUUGUAUCAGGUAACUUCAACAAUCAAAUCAACAACAGAAUUGUAG